GCCUCAUCUGCGCAUGCGCGUCCCUUCCUUCUUCCUUUCCGACACUCGAGCGAAAAGAGACAAGAUGGGCCACCAGCAGCUCUACUGGAGUCACCCCAGAAAAUUCGGUCAGGGAUCCCGAUCCUGCCGGGUAUGCUCGAACAGACACGGGCUGAUCCGUAAAUACGGACUCAACAUGUGCCGCCAGUGCUUCAGGCAGUACGCUAAAGACAUCGGCUUCGUCAAGCUGGACUAAAUGUCACGUCCUCAGAUGGGCUCAGUGAUCUCCGGAAGGCUGGCCAUGAUGGGAUGAUUCAGCACUGCUAAUAAAUGUGUUUUUUUGUCCAAGCUAAA